UUAGUAAAAUCCUCCUCUUUUGCUUUCUUUACAAUCUUUCCAAUAAAUCUUUCCUUUGCUUCCUAGGGAAUGAAGUCAAGACAAAGCAAAUAGCUCUUCUGAAAGAUAAUUUUUGAAGCAAAAGCAAGUACCACUCCACAGAUUGGGCUAUUUGUGGAAAGCAGGAAACAAUCAAGCUAGCUAUAUUGGAAGUUGUGGAGAACAAUUGUGGAGAAAUGAGAAACAUGGGCAGCAUGGGCAGUAGUGGAAAGCUAUCAAUGGAAGAAAAUGAAGAAGAUGAGAUAUCAAGGUUUGAUAUAUCAUCAUUUCAAGCUAGAGAAGAGGAGAUUGAGAGGAAGAAGAUGGAGGUUAGAGAGAAAGUUGAACUUCAAUUGGGUAGAGCAGAAGAAGAAACUAAACGCUUGACUCAGAUUUGGGAAGAGCUUGAAUCAUUGGCUGAUCCUACAAGAAAAGAAGUUGCAAUGGUGCGCAAGAAGAUUGACGUAGCCAAUCGAGAGCUGAAGCCACUUGGACAAAGCUGCCAGAAGAAGGAGAAAGAAUAUAAAGAAGCUCUGGAAGCUUACAAUGAAAAGAACAAAGAGAAAGCUCAGCUAGUUACAACACUAAUGGAGCUGCUGACUGAGAGUGAAAGGUUGAGGAUGAAGAAAUUGGAGGAACUAAGCAAGAAUAUCCCUUGACAUGUCUAUGCUACAUUAACAAACAUUAGGGUUGUACUGUUCUACCCAUUCUUGUCCUCUUAUGUUGUUUCAUGUUUUUUAUUUUCUCAAAUUAUUUGGGCUUUGGAAUGAUUAAAGUUCAAGGUUUGUGUUAUAUUAACAUUAUUUGAUGAAUAGUCAAAGAAAAAACAUGAGAUGAUGGAAAAUUAUAUCUUGGACACAAGUACAUUAUGUACUAUGUACAUGUUGUCUAAAAUGCGGAUGUUUAGUUUAAAUGAGAAAGUUGAAAAUUAAAUGGCACGUGCGAGUGUUUUAAAUUCAAUUUAACACCCUACCUCAUGUGCAACAAUUUGAAACAGAA